AUGCCCGAAAGAGAUGUGGUCUCCUGGACUUUAAUGAUUGCAGGAUAUGCACAAAUGGGCCUGUUGAAAAUGCCAGAGAUUUUUCAGCAAAUGCAAUUAGCAGGUGUAAAUUCUAACUUCAAAAUCUUUCUCAGCGUAUUGUCAGCCUGUGCCAAGUUCGGAGAUAUGUAUGCGAAAUGUGGAAAUGUACACAAGGCACGAAAACUGUUUUAUAGAGUGCUUGACAAAAAUGUUGCCUCAUGGACUACAAUAGUUUUAGGAUAUGCUAUGCAUGGGUGUGGUAGGGAUGCUCUCAAAAUCUCUGAGCAAUGCAACACUCUGCAAUGUACCCGGACGAUAAAUUGGCAGUUGAGGUGA